AUGGCGUCGGAGUGCGAGGUCACGCCGGACGACCAGCACGAGCACCUGCGCCCUGAGGGCACGGAGCCGCUGGAGCGCAUCGCCGUGGACUACACGCCGGACGCCUGCCACCACGCGCCGGCGUCCGGCGAGAUCCACGUCACCUACGACCACCGCGGCGGGGCGCGCUGGCGGUCGCGCGGCCGCUUCCUGCCGGGCUGCGCCGUGGCCGCCGCGGUCCGCGCCCCCGCCGGAGACACCGCGGGGCUCAACUACAACCUCUACCUGUCGUCGCUGGAGGGCUCCAGCGACAUGGACGAGAUCGACUUCGAGUUCCUCGGCAACGACAAGCGCGCCGUGCAGACCAACUUGUUCGUGGCGGGGGGCGGCGGCAGGGAGAUGGUCCACCAACUCCCCUUCGACUCCUCGGACGGGUUCCACCACUACGCCGUCGCGUGGAGCGCCGAGGCCGUGGAGUGGCGCGUCGACGGGGAGGUGAUCCGGCGGGAGGAGCGGCGCGAGGGGGAGCCGUGGCCGGAGAAGCCCAUGUACCUGUACGCCUCCUUGUGGGACGCGAGCGACGUCGACGAGGGGAGGUGGACCGGCACGUACCAUGGCCGCGACGCGCCCUACGUCUGCAGCUACAGAGACGUCAGGGUGCCCGUUGUGGGAGAGGAAGAAGAAUGUCAGGAUGAUGCGAACGCCGGAGAUGAGGCCGGUGCUGCGGGGGAGGAGGAGGUUGAUGCCGAAGCUGGUAAAGAUUAG